AUGGAGCAACCAAACGACAUAAUUAUCCACAACUUCACAACCAUUGUUCGAGCUCACGCCACUCACGGAGACCAGGCCAUAGUGAAGUUUUGUAAGGAGAAAGGAAUUUUGGGAAAAGUGCCCCAAUGUCCAAAUUGUUCCAGCCCGCUGUUGGAGAGAACGGAUUCUUCAGCGCCCGAUGGGCUCAAGUGGAGAUGCCGAGGGAUGAUUCAAACUGAAGCAAGAACGAAAAAAUGUCAAUUUUCACGCUCAUAUCGGAAGGACACAUUCCUUGCCCGAGCCCAUUUACCAGCAUGGAAGGUGCUGGGCUUCAUCGACUUAUGGUUAAAGAAGGUUCAACUUAACGCCAUUGCCGAUCUCCUUGAUAUUGGUAGUUCGGAAACGAUGUCAGAUUGGAGCUCUUACUGUAGGGAGGUGAUGUUUGACGCUGCCGUCUUAAAUGCUGAACCCCUUGGCGGUCCUGGCAAGACUGUGCACAUAGACGAAAGCAAAUUCGGGACGCGUAAAUAUCGUAGAGGACAUCGGGUCGAAAGUAAAUGGGUUUUUGGAGGAGUGGAAGAGGAAUCAGGCCGUUCCUUUAUGAUUCCUGUGAAGCACAGAAGUAAGGCUUAUCUUCUUCCGAUAUUACAACACUUUGUUCUGCCGGGGACUACUGUUAUAUCGGAUUGUUGGAAGGCUUAUGACUGUCUCAAGGAUGAAGGGUUUAGGCACUAUUCCGCUAGCCAUUCAAUUCGUUUCAAAGCCCCAGACUCCGGUGUCCAAAAAAAUACCUAUAAGUGCCUUUGGCGGUACGCUAAAGAGACCACCGGCUCUCACAAUACGAAGGGGGAAUUCCUACCCGGUUCUCUGGCCAAACAUUUCUUUUUGAAGUCGUGCCGGAUCAGGGAAGUGAACCCUUUCUUAGAGUUUUGCACCUUGGUUGCGUCUCUUUACAAUGGUAUUAAUGAAGCCUCUCCCUCCCCACGGUGUAAAGCCUUCAACGACCUCAAUUCCGUCUUGGAUUCUUUGGAAACGAACGGCGAAAUGAAAGAGGAAGUGGAAUAA